AUGAGUUUCAGAUCUGUCUACCGCUCUCUGCAGGAGGUGUUCCCUCAGGUACGGUGAAAUAAAAUUCUUAGGUCUUCUUGGUGCCCACUUUGUGCUAUUGAUGCAUCCCGUCAGCUGAUGGUUUUGAUUCCGUUGGUGAGGCUUGUCUUGCCUUCUCACCAAUUAGAUUUUUUUUUCUUCGGGAAAUUAGUUAUAGAGAUUCAAAUCUUUCGUUUAUGCUCACUAUUUAUCGUCAAAAACCUUGGUGUAAAUUUUUUUGGGUUCUAUCAAGUAUAAUUUGCACCAUAUUUACAAUCCAUUCAUUCUUAUGAAUUGUAUACCGAUUCUUAAGUGACUAAAAUGUCUCUUUAUUCAAAAUAAUUCAUAGAAUUAUAAUUUUCUUUACUCUCUGCCUAUGGCUUAUGCUUUUUUUUACAAGUUUCCAUGGACUGGUGUUAUCAGGAACUGUGAUCUAAUCAUUUUUUUCUUACAACAACAUUUACUCAAUCUUUCUUACCGAUUACAUGUGAUGCCACUGCACCAAAUUUUCUGUUUUCGAUCUUUCAUUUCAAUCAGAAAGGGGGAUCGUGACGUAGUCAGAGUCAAAUAUCUCUACAAGGGGGGUGGACAAUUUGAGAAUAGUGCAGCUUUAAUUUACUGAUUUCGACUGACGAGGACAUGUUUUAGUGGAUUGAUUUUGAAAAUAUUGAAGACCUAGUUUUUCUUGUUCAUCAUAUCCUAGAUUCAAGUAUAUUUAGGGUUCCAUUCGUACUAUCAUCGGUAUUGGAAAAAAAAAUUUCAACGAAUAACUACUUUUUGGUACAGAUUAUGGGGCUCAUAUUGGAUCGUUAUUUAGAAAAUGCAUGAGGUCUGAUGCUUUUUUCUCCUGUGUCUUUCAGCUUUUGGUCCCUAAAAUGUCCCCCAUUCCAUCCAACAUUUUUUUAUAAAUGUUUGUCUGAUCUGAGUUAGUUUUUAUGCUAAUAUAUAAUCCAGACAAUCCUGUAACUGGGUUCGCAUGUAUAUCAUACUAAUGUCACUUGAAAAACUUGAUAAUUGCUGAUGGUUAGAUUUUGUCCCAGAAUAUAGAUUGUGGAAAACCUCUCUUGAUUGCUCACCUUUGACCUAUGUUUUUGUGACUUCUGGAUUGUUGUGUGUCUGUUUCACAAACGUUCACUUGUACCUUGCCAUUUCCCUAGGGAUCUUGGUAAUGCUUCAAGUUUAUGUAGAACAUCUGGCAUGACUUGGAGAUAGCAAGGACUGUUGGAUUGGUUAUUGUUUCGGAAACUGAAUUAUGUUGUCCACCACACUGAAUUAGAUGUCACAUUUUCAUAUUACAUCAAUUUUUUAAUACACGGAGUACAAUUUCUUCAAAUCCUUGAACCAUGUGGAAGAGUUAUUGCCCUUGUAGCUUUGUUUUCUUGUGGCUACUAUUUUCAUACAAACAAUGUAACCAAUUCAAAUCCUUUUGUGUCACAGGUUGAUCUACGUGUAUUGAAAGCUGUUGCUAUUGAACAUUCUGGGGAUGUUGAUGCAGCUGUUGAGUUUAUCCUUUUGGAAGUCUUACCCUCUUUAGGUGUUCAACAAGAGGAAUCUUUCUCUUCUGUUGGUGCUCCACAGAACAAUUCCAAAUCACCGGAAGGUUAGAAACUCUAUCAUUUGUUUCGUGAUAUAAUAAUGGCUUUCCAGGUUUUGAUCAUGAAAUUAAUUUUUUUCUUUUUACUGCUUCCACAAUUUUUGCAAUAGCGACUUUCAUUUCACUCCAGCAUGGUUGUACAACACUGCUGUCCUUUCUCAGUUAGCACUGAAACCGCAUGCUUAACGAAUGAAUCACCUAGUACUUCAACUUGACUAUUUACAGAGUCUUAAGCUUCUAUAGUGUUCUGGCAUCCCUUGUUGCUUCAUUAAUAGUUGUCUUGAUUUACAUUUGUAGUUGAUCUCAGCAGUCUGGGCUUUUCAUCGACGUCUAGAAAUGAGGACGCAAGUUCUUCUGUACAUACAGAUUCAGGGGAGUUGAUAGAAGGCACUCAUGGAACCGGUAAUAACAGUGCCUCCUUGCAUGCCAGUUCACCGAGAGUAGACAAAGCAACAUUGGCUGCUUCCUCCCAUGAAUUUAUUGCUGAGCCAGAAAAAAAUGAUGUUCCCUUGGGGUAUCAAGAACAUUUAAUUGAGGAUGUUUCAACUAAGUAUUCUGAUCCAACGGCUCUGACAUGUGGGAAUACUUUUGAUUCUAAAAAUGCCAAUUUAUCUGUGUCCAGUGUCAGUGGACCCCCUUUUAAUAUUCAGCAUGAUGCCACUGGUAGUCAGUCAUCGAUCUGUGAAGUUGAAGAACCUACCCAACCGGAAAAUAACCACCUUGAACCGAAUCCGGACUCAUCCUCUGUUUUAGGUUUGAUGCAAUGCAAAGAUCCUCUUGUGGAUUCGAGCAGCGCUCUUCUAGCUCGUCUCCAAGAAUUAAAUGGUCUAGAAUACCUUCCAGGGUCUAGCCUGGUAUCCCAAAACUUUUCUGCAUCAUCUAUUGAAGAGAAUCCAAGUUCUGUGAAGCUUAGACCGGUAUCAGAGAAAGAUGAAAGCACUUCUUGCAAUGUACAUAAGGAAGACCUGGUAUGUUCUGCAGAUACUGUUGAUGAACUCUUGGUCCUCAGCACUGAGGAACCUAUUGAUGACAAUCAUACUGCUACAGAGAUUUCUGCACGAUCUAGUCAGGUUGUCAGUGUUGAAUGUCUUGAAGAGUUUGUUACUGAUUGCAAAGGCAUCAAGGUACAUAAAUUUGCCUUUAAUCUGUUUCCUUGACAAGUAACUUUUCCAUCACAUGAUGUUAAUGUAUACUUCCGUGUUGAAGAAUCAAGUUUUCAUGUGCUCAUGUGGUUUCCAAUUGCUAAAUUCAUCUUCUUAUUCCAAACCUUUUUUAAAGCUAAGUAUUUAUGUACCUUUUGUGUCCGUUUCUUCUCUAAUUCGGUAGACGCAAGAUAGCAAUUUAAUUAUUCGUUUAUCUGGACAUUAUGGAAGUAUUUUUUUGGGUAGUUGUUUUGUUACUUAUGAUUAAGAAUUUAUGGACAUUGGUAUUUUUCUAACUACUGGUAUUUCAGUGAUAGGCUAUUGCAUACAGAAAUUUGAAACUAGAGGUCUACCUCUCACAUGUGCUGUUUUAUUGUGAGGGUGAGAGAACUCCGCUCAGUUCUCAAUGGAGACUACCCUAUAGAUUGAUCACGAUUUUAUAAAGGAAAGCCUUAUAUUGUGAAGUUGUGUCUUCAGUAAUUCUGUUCUAAUAGUUAGUGUGCAUGUAUCUGUACUAAAGCUCUUAUACACGACCAGUUCAAUGUAGCAUUGAGCCUGAUGAACAUGAUGAGCAUCUGUGCUUAGCUUGUGUGGUAGUGUCGAGAAUACGAGGGCAUUACUAUCUUUUGUUCUAUCUUUAAUUACUUAUUCUGUUUUAUUCAUAGCGCCUCUUGAUUUUGUCUUUUGAGGGUUAGCUCUAUAUGCGAAUAAUUGGGAGGCGCUGACUGAGCUAUUUUUUUAGACCUUCAUCUCCCUUCUUUCCCAUCUUCUCCUCCUUUCUAUUUUUUUUACAACUUUAAAAUUAUACCUACUUUCGUGAAAUUUGUCCAGUUUGACUGAUAUGAUUCGCAUCCAUGCUUGAUCUAGUAUAACUGAUCUUAUUCAUUGUUUAUGUUAUUCUCAUGUCAUUUCCUCCUAUAGUGUUCAUUUUUUCUUUUAAAACAUUGUUCUUACUCACCAAAUCAGUAAAGUUGAUUUGCAUUUGUAGAGCCAUACCCCAACAUGGUGAUCAUUUCAUGCUCUUACUAUAUAGUCUGUAUUUGUAUCAGUUUAUUGGCAGUUAUUUUUCUGUAUUCAUCCCCAUGACACGAAAAACUGUUUAGUUUCUACCGUUUAUUUUGUCUUGUCAAUUCCUUAAGUUUCUUUUUGUUUAGUUCCUUAAAUUUGGAUCAAGAGUACAAAUGAUUGAUUUUUGUCCUUUACAAAUGAUAUAUACUCAGAAUGUUAUGGUUUCUGAAAUCGAGUCGAUAGUUGAUUUGAUGAAACAAGUGGAUCUUUGUGAGAAGGAAGCCAAUCUGGCUAAAGAAGAGGCCUCCAAAGCUGGUUUAGACAUCCUCGCAAAAGUUGAAGACCUUAAGGAAAUGCUAAAGCAUGCCAAAGAAGCAAACAACAUGGUGUAGUAUUCAGUCUCUUUUCACUUAUAAAACAAUUGCUUAACCUAAGUUAUGAACUGAUAAAUCCUGAUAUUUUCACAGCAUGCUGGUGAAGUUUAUGGUGAAAAAUCCAUAUUAGCUACUGAGGCGAAGGAACUUCAAUCUCGGCUUCUCAGUUUAUCUGCAGAGAGACAUAAAACACUGGCGACCAUUGAGGAGGUGCGCACUAAUUAUUUAAUGAAUGUUGUUUUGAUUUUUGAUGUUAGCAGGCAAAAUGCUGACCUUUUACGUUAAAAUCGAACCAUUUAUCUGCCCCUACCUCCCAAGCUUGAUACAUUUGAUAUCAUUUGGGAGAAAGUUGUGAUUACACAUGGAAAAUGUUCUUCUUUGUCUGACUUUCAAGCACUAUUUUCUUAGAUUCGGCAAACACUUAAAGCCCGUGUAGAUACGGCAGAGAGAGAAAGAAUUGAAGCAGAGCAAGAGAAGUAUGAGAAAGAAGAAACAGCCCGUAGAGCACUUGGCGAGCAGGAGGCUAUCAUGGAUAGGGUGGUUCGGGAAUCUAAGAAGCUCCAUCAAGAAGCUGAGGAAAACUCAAAGGUAUUUCUCUUUUUCACUUGCAAUAUUUCUUCCAUGAACCUUCUGCGAAUGAUCUGCAUAUCGUGAGAAAAUAAGCAGCACCCAAUGCUAUCCACAGGGAACACUUAUCGUCGAACCUUGUGAGGAGAAUCAUUUCUCUCCUGCAUUAUAUGAUACAGAACCAUUAUUAACAUGCUGAUUCGCGAUAUAUUCAACCCUUCUUCUUCUUCUUCAAAACGAUGCAAAAACAGAUUAUAAUAACCAUUCGGUUGGUAUUGUUAGCAAAGUUCUCACGUUUCUGUUGCCUGCCCACGCUGCAGCUGAGGGAGUUUCUGAUGGAAAGAGGGCGUCUAGUCGACACAUUGCAGUGAGUCCUCUCGAACCUUGUCGUGUAGAUUCAUUAGUCAAAAAGAACCUUCUAUAAAUAGAAAUCAUUGGCCGGACUCCAAGAACCAAGCUCUGUGAUUUACUUGGAGGGUGGGCUUUGGAUCGAUUUGCAGGGGAGAAAUAUCCGUCAUCUGUGCGGACGUAUUAUUACUUAAAGAGCGGGUCGACCAUCGCAUGCCCCUCGGAAGAUCUCCGUCGUCAAGUCAGAUCCUGACCAGCUUGGCUUCUUCGACUUCCUCCUCCAUGAGCUCCGCUUCAGAGAAGCUCCUGGCCGGCGCGGUGCGAUCUGACGACCCCAGAGGGGAGAACCUGGAGGGCCAGGGUUCCAAGCACCUGGAAGAGAAGCUUCUCUCUGCUGGGGAUCAUCAUCAGCACAGUGCUUUGGGAGAUGAUGACUGGGAGUACUUCGACCGUGACUCUGAGCUGAUGAAUUGA